AUGCCUGAACUGGUAGGAAAGAAGAUUGGUGCGACAGGUUUUGGUCUCAUGGGCCUCCCAGCGCGCACCCCUCCCCUCCCCGAGUCCCAAAUCUUCGAAACGCUCCGGGCGACGCUCGAGACGGGCUGCAACUUUUGGAACGCCGGCGAGUUCUACGGCACCCCCGAGCGCAACACCCAGACCAUGAUGGCGUCGUACUUUCGCAAGUACCCCGAAGACGCCGCGAAGGUGGUGCUGAGCGUCAAGGGCGCCUUCGUCUGGGGCGCCAUGGUGGGCGACGGUCGACCCGAGGCGAUCAAGGCCAGCGUCGACAAGAUCCUCCACGACCUCGCCGGGACCAAAAGCAUCGACAUCUUCGAAAUGGCCCGGGUCGACCCCACGACCCCGCUGGAGGUCUCCCUCGAGUACCUCGAGGAAGAGUACGUCAAGAAGGGGGUGAUAAGGGGGAUCGCGCUGAGCGAGGUCUCGGCCGCGACCAUCCGCAGGGCCGCCAGCAUCACCACGGUCGUCGCCGUCGAGGUCGAGCUGAGUCUCUGGUCGACGCACGUCCUCCACAACGGCGUCGCCGCGGCGUGCGCCGACCUGAACAUCCCUCUGGUGGCCUACUCCCCCCUGGGUCAGGGGACGUUGACCGGCCGCAUCAAGUCGGUGGACGACGACCUCGGCCCCGACGACCCCAGGCGCACCCUCUACCCUCGCUUCCAACCCGAGACGUGGCAGGUCAACCUCCGGCUCGUGAACCAAGUCGAGGCGCUCGCGGAGCGCAAGGGGUGCACCCCGGCCCAGCUGGCCCUCGCCUGGGUCCGCGGUCUCGCGGGCAAGCCGGGCAUGCCGGACGUCGUCGUCCCCAUCCCGGGGUCGACGACGGCCGGCCGCGUGCGCGAGAACGCCGUGGACGAAAUCGUCCUGACCCCCGACGAGAUGGCGGCCAUCGACGACAUUCUGGCAAAUUUUACCGUCGUGGGACGUCGGUACCCUGAUAACAUCCCCAUCGAUGGGUAAAAACCUCCCCGCUGAACCAGAAUUCAGGUAGUGGCAUAUCUAUGUUAGACCUACCUCAAGUAGCUGUGGUGGCACAUGACAAAAGAACAAACGAAACUCUGAUGACAAAAUCCAAAACAAAAACCGAAUCUAGUUUGACAAUUUCGACUAUAGCUAACUAACUCUGUCAACGUAAUCUUAUCCGUGGGGUUUCAGAAGGAACAUCGCGGCAAAAGGCAAGACAGCGUCCUAUUGUUGAGAAAAGUAAAACAAAGUGUAGCCUGAAUCGAAUCUUUUGUACACAAGUACA